AUGACUGUGAUUUUGAUCAAAGCCGGGCUGAACUUGAACCCGGAGGCGAUGCAGAGGCUGAGCUGCCUGGUGGUCCGACUCGCCUUCACGCCCUGCUGUGUCGAAGCGGUCUCGGUCAUGUUGGCCGCCCACUUCAUCCUCAAAGUCCCCCUCGUUUGGGGUCUGCUCAUGGGUUUUGUGAUCGGAGCGGUUUCUCCUGCAAUUUUGGUUCCGUCGCUGCUCAAGUUGCAAAAGGCGGGUUUCGGCGGCCAAAGUGGGAUCCACACGCUGGGCAUCGCAGCCUCCACCAUCGACGACAUCCUCGCCAUUUCCGCGUUCGGAAUCAUUUCCGGACUUAUUUUUGAGCACGGCACUCUAGUUGGCGACCUGAUCAAAGGGCCUGUCGAGGUUGUCCUGGGAAUCUCCGCAGGCGUCUUGUUUGGCCUGCUGACGAUUUACCUCCCUCACGGCUCUGAUAAAAAUGUGGUGCCGUUGCGAGUUUUCCUCCUUUUCUCCGGCGGAAUCUCGUUUCUGUUCGGGGCUCACCGUCUCGGGUACGAAGGCGCCGGACCACUGGCCUGCAUGAUCUCUUCUUUUGUGGCCAGUUGUGGAUGGAAUUUGAGUGACGAUGACCCCAAGGUCGUGCAAGAGGUGACAAGAGCGUUCUCCGGAAUUUGGUUUGUUUUUGAGCCGAUCCUGUUCAGUUUGAUCGGCGCCGACAUUCAACUGUCCCACCUGACAAUGGAGAUGCUUGGCAAAAGUUUGGCCGUGCUUGGCCUGGCUCUUCUGAUGAGGUUUGCGGCCGCGUACUUGGUGACAUUUGGUGGAGUUUUCCAGAAAAAGGAGAGGCUUUUUUUAGCGAUCGCGUGGAUGCCAAAGGCCUCCGUGCAAGGCCUGUUGGGGCCGAUCGCCCUCGAGAUGGCCACACAAGCCGCCGAUCAAACCGCGAUGAUCUACGGCGAAUACAUAUUGACCGUCGCAGUUUUGUCAAUUCUUUUGACUGCGCCGGCAGGAGCGAUUGCGAUUAAACUGGCUGGUUCGAGACUCUUGCAGAAAUCAUAG